AUGAAAAACCGACUAAAAUUAAGAUCAACUGGACAUUCAGAUACUAAAGAAUCGCCUUCAGAAAUGUUGACGAACAAUGCAGUUGAACAGCAGGAACCAUCUUCAUAUGACAAUACUUCUUCUAGCAUGUCAGCGAACUCCAGUCCCAGACCAUCAAUAUAUGAUGAUUUUGAACAAUCUGAGUCGAAAACAGUAUCAGAUAUUUUAUUGGUGAGCUGUUUAUUAUCUAUUGGUGACUUACAAGUUUCCACUUGUAAUCCUAAACUAUGUAAACUUCAAUUACGUAACCAUUUCUCACCUAACUUUCUGUCGAGAAAGUUUUUCUGA